AUGGAAGCCAAGGGGUAUCAGGGCCUUGAGAGGCAGCGUGUGGGGUGCCGGUGUGAUGAUGCCCAGGGCCCAGCCCCGCUGACCCCUGCGUGUGCCGCGGCACAGCGUGAGCAUGGCGGUGCUGGAGCGGUGCCCAAUGGGUGGCGGGGGGACAGGCGGUGCGGAGCCGGUGUGGUGCUGGCCACGGCUUACGGCGCGGAGCUGGUGCUGCUCCAGCCACCCUCCAUGAACCUCAAUGGGCGCAGCGUGGCCAGGGCGGCUGCAGCCUCCUGCCCCCCCCGAGACAUUGACCUGGUUCAUGAUGACCUGGAGCAGGCCCUGGGCAAGGUGGAGAGCAAGCAAACACUCAAAUCCACCUGGAAAACACAAGGAGUUGCUCCCCUCCGUGCCAGCCCCAUUCCCUCUCCAAGCCCCUCCAUCUCCCUCUUCCUCCCCAGGAGAGGACCCUGCUGCGGGUCAGCAUCGGGCGGCCGGAGGAUGCGGUGCUGGUGCCCAGCUCCAUUCAGCACCACGGAGCAGGAGAGGCUGGAGCAGGGCCUGGCCAAGGCAGCGACCUGGCUGCUGGAGCACAUCCUGUGGGGCACAGCACCCGCGGGGGACAGGGGCUGAUGUGAGCCCUGGGGACCCCAUGGCCAGGGUGCUGUGGGUGAAUCGGUGCUGGUCCCACAGACCUCGAACCCCUCAUCCCUGGCUCCCUGCUCCUGCCUCUCUCUGUGCUGCUGGCAGAACUGGGGCCAUCCCUGGCUCUGUGGCUCCAUUCCAUGGUCCCAGCCCUGUUCCACCAGCACAGGCUGGAGGGAGCCUUCCAGUGGAAAGCAAUGGGAGCCACUUCCACAUGGUCCAAACCGUCUGGGCUUUGUUGAGAAACCAUAGCAAAACCAAGUUGCUUGGGAUUUCAUCAUUGCUGCAGCAGUCUCAGGGCUGCGG